AUGUCAGGCAAAAGUGCUAAAGAACGUCUUGAUCAAGUACAUUCGCACCUCACAGCAGAUCCUCCACAACGACAAACCGGGAAGCGACGAGCGAAAGCCGUCAACACACUGCCAGCUGACUACUCGGACGUACUCGGUCAAGUCACGACAUUGCAGAAGAUUGCCGCAACACCUGAUACCGACAAUCGAGGCUACGUGCGACAGAAGAAGGCUGGCAAACUAUGGGUCCAAGAACGAAUCCAACAGCUACUUGAUCCUACCAGUUUUCGACCGGUAGGAAGUAUUUCGGGUACUGUGAAGUGGAAGAAGACUAGUGAAACUAUGGAGGAGCCAGUUGGAUUUGUGCCGUCAAAUAAUGUUCAGGGUUUUGGUACGCUCCGAGGUCGCAAAGUUAUUUUGACGGCGGACGACUUCUCCAUUCGAGCUGGUCAUGCCGAUGGUGCCUCCACAGAGAAGACGGUUUAUAUGGAGAAGCUCGCAAUCGCACUCAAACUUCCAAUCGUGAAGCUAGUCGACGGGUCAUCAGGCGGGGGCUCCGUCACAACAAUACGCACAACCGGUUUCUCCUACAUACCACCUCUCCCGUCUUUUCAAUACGUCGUGGAGCAACUCAACCUAGGCAUCCCGAAUCUAGGCGCUGUAGUCGGUCCAGCCAUCGGUCUUGGAGCGGCUCGCGUCGUCGCAUGUCACUUCUCCGUCAUGGCCGGCGAUAUCGGUUCGCUCUUCAACGCUGGCCCAGAUGUCGUCAAGAACGCCAGUUUCGAAGAAGACCUUACACCUGCUGAUCUCGGUGGUCCAGGGGUCCACUGCACAAACGGCACUAUCGACAAUCUCGCAGCUGACGAAGCUGAAUGUUUCGAACAAUUGCGUACUGUACUCAGCUAUCUACCAAAUAGCGGAACCAUGCUCCCUCCAGUGGUCGAGCCAUCAGAUCCAACGACUCGCAAAUCAGCGCUACUUCGCUCAAUCAUCCCUCGAGCGAAGAACCGGAUGUACAACGCUCGCAAAAUCAUCACGGAGGUUGUCGAUCUUGACUCCUUCUUCGAGAUUGGCGCACUCUGGGGCAGAACGGCAAUUGUCGGACUCGCUCGACUCGGAGGAAAGCCAGUGGGAAUUGUCUCUUUGAAUUGCGAAGUCAACGCGGGAGCACUGGACGCUCUGGGCUCGCAAAAAAUUGCACGCAUGCUCAAGUUCUUGGAUAUCUUCAACAUCCCUCUGGUACAAUUUGUGGAUAUCCCUGGCUAUGCGAUUGGCACAGUUGCUGAGAGGAACGCGACGAUGCGCCACGGUAUCUCGCUGGCCACAGCUUACUAUAGCACUACGAUGCCAGUCUUCAGUGUCAUUAUAAGACGUGUGUACGGCGUAGCAGGAGGCUUGAUGCUCGAUUGUCGGGACCCUCGUAUGCGCGUUGCAUGGCCAUCGGGAAACUGGGGCUCACUCCCUCUCGAAGGCGGCAUUGAAGUCGGCCAUUCUUUCGAGCUCAGGGAGAUUGAACGACAACAUGGAAAACAAAAGCGGGAUGAGCGAUACGCGGAGCUCGAGAGCGAGUACAGAAGAUUGAUGAGCCCAAUUCGUACGGCGAAUCACUUUGGUGUAGAGGAGAUCAUCGAUCCUGCUUCUACGAGAGAGAUAUGCUGUCAAUGGGUCGGACACGUCUACGAGAACCUAUUACCACAGAGGAUACUGGAGAGGAUAUCCGGUAGACUACAGCCAAAAUUCGCCUGA